UUGCAUUUUUGUGAGAUUCAUUAGUUCUGUGAAUUAUUGGUCCAUUAUCAUUCAGCACUAUGGUAACAUUACAGUGGGGUGUGGACAGAAGAAUCCUCACUAUAUUUAGUGCAGCUUCUCACAUGUCACUGAUUGCUGCAUAUGUUCUCUGCUGGUUUUGAAGCACUUCUGCUUUCAGCCUGGUGUUAGAAUGUUCUUCUCUCAAGUUUAACAUCGCUUUGUUUACAAGAAUCAAUCAGAGGGAUACAACAGAGUGAACCUUGAGAUUUGUCAUUCAUUCUUAAAACAGGACAGCUGCAUGCGGUCAUCAUGAACAGAGCAUGGACUUUGUUCAAAUCCCAUCCAUACAUCCCUAAUGUGCUGGGAUACACAACCCUGUUUGCCACAGCGGACCUCAUUCAGCAAAGCAUGAUGGGAAAAGCUCAGGACAAAGUGACAGAACAACACAAACCAGACAGAAUAGGACAAGAUCCAUCUAAGAUGUCCACUGAAGGAAUAACUGUGGCCGGAGAAGCAAAGACAGAUGAUCUGACUUGGUAUAAUACCAAAAUAAGUGACCCAGAAGGCAAUAAAAAAGCCUCGGAAGAAAAUAAAACAUCAGCUCCAGUCCAACGUGUUCCGCAGCGUCACGGCAUCGACUGGGCCCAGACCGCUCGGGUGGCACUGGUUGGGUUCUGUUUCCAUGCUAACUUCAAUUACCAUUGGCUACGAGGACUGGAGAGGAUGUUUCCGGGGGGAGGGGCCAAAAGAGUGUCACUCAAAGUGUUUCUAGACCAGCUGUUUGCAGCCCCUUUGACAAUAAGUGCUUUCUACAUUGGGCUGAGCACAUUGGAGGGUGCAGAGGAUCCCCUUGAAGACUGGAGAAAUAAAUUCUGGACCUCUUAUCGGACUGGAGUGGUGUACUGGUCAGCAAUGCAGGCUGUGAACUUCUCCCUGAUCCCGCCAGUGGCUCGGACGGUUUUUGUUGGAGGAGUCGCUCUUGGCUGGACUGUCUUCUUGUGUCAUUUCAAGCAACAGAAGAGUGACUUCCUGAGCUAGGCUUUAUUCCACAUGCUGCUUGCAUGCCAUCUAUGAAACAUACUGCAUAUUCUUAAGGGAUGCAUUAAAGCUGGCUGAUUUUAAACAACUGAGAUUUUUAAACAAAUGCCAUUGUCUCCUAUAGGUUAAUUACAAAUAAAAUAAUGUUAAUAAAUGAUCAAUAUGCUUCAUAAUAAACACGUUUUUUGUUACCCCAGUUUUUCCACUCAU